AUUCUGGCCGCGAGGAUGCUCUGCCCGCACGACACCCCGCGUCUGAGCUCCCAGCAUUCUUUCCUGCCGUCCCCGCGAGUGGACAGCUCUGCUUUGGCUCCACCCACUCCAACCCCACUUUCUACGGGAAGCCUUAGCCCCUCUUUCCUAUUUAUCCCGCACACAGCUUGCUUUGUAUGUGUUUGUUUGCCUGAGAUUUCCCCCUUUAGACGAGGCUCUUGGGGGAGGAAGCGGCCAUACCUUCGGCCGCCUCUCCAUCCCGGGCCGAGGGAAACGGCCGGGAGAACUACAAGUCCCAGAAGCCCCAGUGACAGAGGCGCCGGCGGCGAGAAAAAGGACAUUCUGCGACUGCGCAGUGAGGCGGCAGGCCUGAGGAUCUCCCACGACACGGAUCAGCUCCUUCCGGGACAUCUCCCCAGCCACACCCCCACUCCAGCGUCCCCGAUGGCGGACCCGGGCUCCGGAGGUAACCGCCUCCCCCUGGCCCUGCCUCCGGCCCCUGAGCAGGCCAGCACGUCGGCUUCCAUAGGGAACCCGGGGCACCCCCACAGCCUCCAAGGCCUCCUGCACAUGGCAGUGACAGCUUGCCCCGCUGACCCCGAGCCCCCGCCCGAGCCCAUGACGGAGGAGCGGCGUCAGUGGCUGCAGGAGGCCAUGUCGGCUGCGUUCCGAGGCCCCCGGGAGGAGGUGGAGCAGAUGAAAAGCUGUCUCCAUGCUCUGGGGCUCCCGACGCCCUCCGCCGCUGGGGAGGCCGAGCUGAUGGCUGACCAGCAGGAGCGCGAGGGGGCUCUGGAGCUGCUGGCGGACCUGUGCGAGAACAUGGACAACGCUGCAGACUUCUGCCAGCUGUCUGGGAUGCACCUGCUCGUGGGCCGCUACCUGGAGGCAGGGGCAGAAGGCCUGCGGUGGAGGGCGGCCCACCUCAUUGGCACGUGCAGCCAGAACGUGGCUGCCAUCCAGGAGCAGGUGCUGGGCCUGGGUGCCCUACGGAAGCUCCUGCGCCUGCUCGACCGGGACCCCUGCGACACGGUGCGAGUGAAGGCCCUCUACGCCAUUUCUUGCCUGGUCCGGGAGCAGGAGGCCGGCCUGCUCCAGUUCCUUCGCCUGGACGGCUUCUCGGUGCUCAUGCGGGCCAUGCAGAGGGAUGUGGUGAAGCUGAAGGUGAAGUCGGCCUUCCUCCUGCAGAACCUGCUGGUGGGCCAUCCUGAGCACAAAGGCACCCUGUGCUCCAUGGGGAUGGUCCAGCAGUUGGUGGCUCUGAUUCGCACAGAGCACAGCCCCUUCCACGAGCACGUGCUGGGGGCGCUUUGUGGGCUGGUGACAGAUUUUCCCCAAGGGAUCCGGGAAUGUCAGGAGCCUGAACUGGGGCUCGAGGAGCUUCUGCGCCAUCGGUGUCAGCUGCUGCAGCAGCAUGAGGAGUACCAGGAGGAGCUGGAAUUCUGCGAAAAGCUGCUCCAGGUCUGCUUCUCGUCCCCCACGGACGACAGCAUGGACCGCUGAACGCCGGGGAGGGACCCCAGCGCUGGAGCCCCGGCCCGGCCGCCACUCCUCUCCCGCAGCCUGCCGGCCGAGCCCGCGGCGGGGGCCGAGGCGGCCUGGGCGCCGGCCCGGGGCGGCGAGAAGCCCCCUGCGGACCCCCUGCCCCCCCCUUGCUGUGCGUGCCCACCCCCUUCCGGGCUCUGCCUUGGCAAUAAAGGUGUUUCCCCUGUG